AUGUUCCGCAACACGUACGACAGCGACAACACCGUGUUCUCGCCACAAGGGCGACUGCACCAGGUGGAGUAUGCUUUGGAGGCGGUCAAGCAAGGUUCUGCGGUGGUGGGGCUGCGCAGCAACACACAUGCGAUCCUGGUGGCGCUGAAACGUGCGCCGUCGGAGCUGGCGAGCUAUCAGAAGAAGAUGCUGCGCAUCGACAACCACAUGGGGAUUGGCUUUGCGGGGCUCACCUCGGACGCACGUGUGCUGUCGACGUACAUGCGUCAGCUGGCGCUGUCGUCGCGUCUGGUGUACUCUCGCGCGCUGCCGAUCUCGCGUGUGGUGGACUCGCUCGCAGACCGUGCGCAGUACAACACCAUGGACUACGGCAAGCGUCCGUACGGCGUGGGCUUCCUCAUCAUCGGCGUCGACUCGACAGGUCCGCAUCUGUACGAAUUCACGCCCACCGCCAACUGCUUCGAGUACUACGCCAUGUCGAUCGGCGCGCGCUCCCAGUCCGCAAAGACGUACCUCGAAAGGAAGUACGAAGAGUUUUCCGAGGCUAGUCUGGACGAGCUCGUGCUGCAUGGGCUGUAUGCGCUGCGCGAUACGCUGCCCCAGAACAAGGACCUCGAACUCGACCAGGUCAGCGUGGCGGUUGUGGGGCCCGGCGCGGAUGCAGACGUCGACUCGCCAAACGCAAGGAGCGGCGAAAAGUUCAGGAUCCUAGAGGGCGACCAACUCAGGCCGUACAUGGACAGGCUCGAGCCAAAGUCCAUCCCGGGCGCCAGGGCCACCGCUGCAUCCACAGAAUCCGCCGACGCCGCACCAGCUCCAGCUGCAGGCGAGACUCCCAUGGAGGACUAG